UAGAGAAAAAUUAAACAAAAUCCUAAUUAUUUUUUCGUUAUUAUCAAAAAUCUUCACAAAAAAGGAAAAAAAUAAUAAUACUUAUUUCCUUUGUUUUCUUUAUAUUAUCUCCUAAAUCUGAAUAAUUUCUCAAUAUAAUCACAAUUAUUAAGAGGAAUUAAGAUUGAUAUAAAAGGGAAGAAGAAGAGAGAGAAUUUUUGUUUAUUUAAUUCACUGUUUUUUCCGAUUUUCUCUCUCUAACAUUUCAGAGCGAAAUCGGAGGAGAGAGAAAGAGGAAGAGGGAAAUGGUGAUGGAAGAUAACGAGAGUAGUUGCAAUAGUAGCAGGGCGGCAGAAACGGCGGCGGCGGAAACGACGUCGUCGGCGUCUGCGACGGCGGCGCAAAAUUCAAGGCAGCAACGCCAGAAACUUGAGGUGUACAAUGAGGUUCUUCGAAGGUUGAAGGAAUCGAACAAUCCAGAAUCUUCUCCUCCUUCUUUCGACGACGAACUUUGGGCUCACUUUCAUCGUCUUCCUGCUAGAUAUGCGUUGGAUGUAAAUGUUGAGAGAGCAGAAGAUGUUUUACUGCAUAAAAAAUUAUUGCAUCUUGCUCAUGAUCCAGCGAAUAGACCUGCAUUUGACGUGCGAUUAGUUCAGGUUGCUACCAUUUCUGAUGGGAACUCAGAAGAUAAGGAUCAAGAAUCUACUCCUUCAAUUCGAAAAAGUCACCCACCACCUGCAUUUGGCUCAUCACCUAAUCUUGAGGCCCUUGCGCUUGAAGGACACAAACCACAUGAUGACGAGGAAGAUGAUGAUGAUGCAAAUGCUACUUCAAAGCUGUUUCGGCCCAUGCACGAGAUCACCUUUUCCACAGAUGACAAACCAAAACUUCUUAGUCAGUUAACAUCCCUACUGGCCGACGUUGGGUUGAAUAUUCAGGAAGCACAUGCCUUUUCUACCACAGAUGGUUACUCUUUAGAUGUUUUUGUUGUUGAUGGUUGGCCGUAUGAGGAGACACUGAGGCUCAGGUCUGCUUUGGAAAAAGAACUUAAAAGAAUUGAGAAUUCAUCUUGGCGCAGUCAACAAUCAUCAUCUCCUAUGGAUGAGCAAGAGCAAUCCCCAAAUGAAGCUAGUGAAGAUCACGUGGUGAUACCAAAUGAUCACGUGGCUAUACCAAAUGACGGAACUGAUGUUUGGGAAAUUGAUCCUAGACUUUUGAAAUUUGAGAAUAAAGUUGCUGCUGGAUCAUAUGGUGAUUUGUAUAAAGGUACUUACUGCAGUCAGGAUGUUGCAAUUAAGGUUUUGAAGCCUGAGCGUCUUAAUACAGAUUUGCAGAAAGAGUUUGGUCAGGAAGUGUAUAUCAUGAGGAAAGUUCGCCAUAAAAAUGUUGUUCAGUUUAUUGGUGCUUGUACAAAACCUCCAAGUUUGUGCAUUGUCACAGAAUUUAUGUCGGGUGGAAGUGUUUAUGACUAUUUGCACAAGCAUAAGGGAACAUUCAAGCUUCCAUCUCUGCUGAAAGUAGCAAUUGAUGUUUCCAAAGGAAUGAACUAUUUGCAUCAGAAUCAUAUCAUCCACAGGGAUUUGAAGGCUGCCAAUCUUUUAAUGGAUGAAAAUGAGGUAGUAAAGGUUGCAGAUUUUGGUGUGGCAAGAGUAAAGGCUCAAACUGGUGUUAUGACAGCUGAAACUGGAACAUACCGGUGGAUGGCUCCAGAGGUUAUUGAACACAAGCCUUAUGAUCACAAAGCUGAUGUCUUCAGUUUUGCUAUUGUACUGUGGGAGUUACUGACAGGGAAGCUUCCAUAUGAAUACUUAACCCCAUUACAAGCAGCUGUUGGAGUAGUGCAGAAGGGCUUAAGACCUACUAUGCCAAAGAACUGUCAUCCCAAACUUGUCGAGCUGCUUGAAAGAUGCUGGCAGCAAGAUCCUCGGACGAGACCUGACUUUUCUGAGAUCAUACCAAUUCUGCAGCAAAUAGCCAAAGAGGUUGCAAGUGCCGAAGGUCAGAAAGACAAACAUGGUGGCGGCGGAUUCUUCUCAGCUCUCAGAAGAGGUCAUCACUAAAUCACAGCAAGGUUUUCUGCUGCAUUGAGUGUUAACUCCUCUGUACUAAUUUCUAAUUGCCUAGGUCAUUCUACAUAUGCUUUUUGCCCAUCUUAUAGUGUACAGUGAUUUGUCAAUACGGCAUAUACAACUACUCUAGGGUUGCUUUUAUGUCACCUAAGAAGUAAACCAUAUUCUUUAUACUAUCGCCCACACUCCUGCGUUUGUGCCCUGUCUACAAUCUGCAUCCACUGAGAAGGGGCAUAAUGAGUUAGUUUUUUGUAACUUUGUUAAACCUUCUACGGCCAGAUGAAGAAAUGACAAAUUACUGAAAUUUUCUAUUAAAGACGGUCAUCCAGUUUUCUGUUUUUAGUUUUCAACAUUUAGUUACUCUGUAUAUGAUACUUGGUAUAUGUUGUACAUACAUAGAAUCUGAACCCCUAAUGUGUGACUCAUAGAUUAUGAAGCAGACUAAUACUUUGAGGUGGAAUGACCCGAAUGAAAAAUAA